UUUUGCCUGGCUGUUUGCUCUACUCGAAAAUCCCACCAGGCUUCUACAUGGAUGGUACAUUGUCUGUUCCCGCGGCUUUGUUCUUGCGUCUCCCCAGCAUCCAGCCAUCCCACCACGUCAUCGACUGUCCGAGAUCAGAAUCCCGUCGAAUGACCACAUCACCUCUAGGCGUGCUCGGAGGCGUACGUUAAGGGAGGGAGGGAUAACGAGCUACCCACGACACUUUCAAGACGUAUUAUAAAAGGCAAAUUGUUGCGCUGUGGCUUCAGACAGUUCACACCCCUUGCUCUCAGGAGAGGAGAGGAGAGCUGGGGACAAGGAAUCGGAGCCCGUUCUUGACUCCCAAGUAGAAGAAGAAAUGCCACUCGCACGACCGCCCCUGCAUCGACCGACAGAUGGCCGGUCCCAGUCGCCGUUGCUCAAGGAUGAGCGUCGUGGCCGUCUGUCCAAUUCCAGCGCGACAAUGGGGACUUCAGAGAGCCGGCCAAUACUAUCGCAUCUCGACAGGCGGUCCUUUAUGCGCAAUAGAAGCCCUGAAUACCAAGCGGAGCAGGCGACCCGUCGAAAAUACAUUAUUGCCUCGGGUUUCUUGCUGUUGAGCCUGGUUAGCUUCGUUGUCCAGACGGAAACCGCUGCAUAUAUCCAGCAUGAGCUGGGUUGGGCUAAACCAUAUUGCAUGCUUUAUCUCACUCACGGCUCCUGGGUUCUACUCUGGCCGUUCCAGCUCCUUAUACUUAGAUUUCAGAAACGGUCGCUCGCUUGGGAUGCAUUUUGGCGUCGCCAUGUCUAUCUGCUGCGCACAACGGCACAGAUGGUGGAAACACAGGAUCUCCAUCUUACCUCUCGAAAUUACCACCGGUCUCCUGUUCCCUACAUUCUCAGGAUGACUGCACUCGUCACAACAGCCCUCACGGUCGCUGGCGGCUCAUGGUACGUGGCUGUGAACAUGACGACUGCCUCUGAUUUGACAGCAAUCUACAACUGUUCCGCUUUCUUUGCUUACGCCUUCUCCAUACCGUUAUUGAAUGAUAAAUUCCGAAUCGAUAAGGUCUUCUCUGUGGUUGUUGCAAUUGCUGGCGUACUCGUAGUCGCCUACGGCGGCGACUCUGACAGCAAGGACACUCCAGAUGGGGCUGAGGGGAAGGGUAAAGAUGAAGCACAAAAUAGGCUGCUGGGUAAUAUAAUCAUCGGAGUCGGAAGCGUGCUUUACGGUCUCUACGAAGUGCUGUAUAAGCGACUCGCCUGUCCCCCCGAGGGCACCAGUGCGGGUCGCAGCAUGAUCUUCGCAAAUACCUUCGGUAGCUUGAUUGGGAGUUUUACUCUAUUAGUCCUUUGGAUCCCGUUGCCCAUUCUCCACGCUCUCAGAUUAGAGGUAUUUGAGUGGCCUUCCCGCCAGGCUGCGGGUUUACUUGCAAUCUCCGUUCUUGCCAAUGCCACAUUCUCCGGCUCCUUCUUAGUCCUUAUCUCUCUGACCUCCCCCGUCCUCUCCUCCGUGGCCGCCCUCCUCACCAUCUUCCUCGUCGCCGUUGUCGACUGGCUCCGCACCGGCGAACCCAUCUCCUCAGCCUCCAUCCUCGGCGGCUUCUUGAUCAUCGUGGCAUUCCUUCUCCUGAGCUGGAGCACGUACCGUGAAAUGAAUGAGGAACGAAGGAAACACCUGGAAAGGGACGCAGCUGAAUCAGAAAGUGACGAAUAGAUAAUUACGUCUCGUCGACACACACACACAUUCUCUCUCUCUAUCUCUAUAUAUCUCUCUCUUUUGCUUUCUUUCCGUCUUCUACGUACAUUUUUCUAUUUUUCCUUACAGGUUUGGAUGGGUUAUAGGCUGACGGGUUUCUUCCAUCUCAGUUAAUUUUAUACGUUCAUUUGCUCUUUUUAUUCCUCGUACUUUCUGUUUUAAUUAUUAUUGCUACUGUUACUGGCAUUGUAAUUAUUAUUAUUCUUAUUAUUAUUAUUGAAUCAACAUUCCAGGACCAAAUACUGU